GCUGAAGCUGAACGAAAUAUGCGAAGCAUUGUCGAGAAAAUGAGAUCGGAGCAGCAGGAAUCAUUGCCUGUGGAUGACCUAGAAGAAGAAGAAGUUCCUCCUAUCAGUCACGAAAGAACUCCUACACGACGAGUAUUCGGAAAUAUGACUGGUGCCGGAAUAUCCGACGACGACGAGGACGAUGAAGAGGAUGAAAUGGAUGAAGCUCAUGCAGCUCAAGUAAUAUUACAAAGUGAUAUGAGCGAUGACGGAGAGCUACCUCCGGAUAACAUCGAUUCUCUUCCUGAUAAAGGAGAAGUCAGCAGUGGAGACGAUUUUUAA